AAAAAAGGAAAGAAAGAAAUUAACUUUAUCUUUCCAAAGGAGAGUGGAGAGCACUCGAUGAGGCUGAGAGAGCCAGAAACACCUAAACAGUAGAUAGUCGGAGGAAUUAACGAAAGAUGGGAGGAGGAGCCAUGCAUAUUGACCUUCAGAUGAUCCAUUCCAACACUUCCUUAUCUUCCUUCCCCUCUUUAUCUCUUCCUCCUCCUCCUUCCACUACUCUUAAUUUCCCAGUCCCUGUCAAUAAUUUUGCACCAGUUUCACAAUCUUCUUCUUCUUAUUAUCCUAGUGGAACUUCUACGAGAAACGGCUCUGUGGUAGGGAAAGAAGAGAAAACAGCAAGCGAGUAUUCCAACCGGGAUAUUUUCGGCCUUGUUCCAUCUCACUCUGAAGUUGAAGGUGCCAUGACUGCUCUGCACAAUUUUAUGAAAGGGAUUUCUUCGUCUGACUUGGAGUUGGUGCAUCUGCUGCAAACAUUGGGAUGUGGUGAUAUCAGAAAAUCGCUAUCUCAUGGAUAUGCAAGACUUUUGAAUGCUUUUGGUUUGCUGCAAAGAGAGCCAAUUAUUAUGAGAGUGGUGAUGUCUCUAUCAUCUGAUAAAGCGGUGUGGGAUGCUGUUAUGAACAACGAGUUAGUGCGGCAGCUGCGAGAGUCAUGCAUCACUCCAGCCGUAACCCGUAGGAUACAAAGCUGUAAUGAAGGAGAGGAUGUGGUUACCUGUAUGUUGAGAUGGAUUAUGGACAUCACUAAAGCCCAAGUUACUCGACUUAUCCAGAAAUUUCGGCUGUUGAUGAACGAGAUUUUCCAACCUUUGGAGAGGGAGAAACACACUGAAGAAAGCACAGGUGAGACAGAUGACAGAAUUAGAUCAUCGUUGCUUCUCUCCAUUGUGAUCCUCUUGAUUGUAGUAGUGACCAGGAUUCAAAGGGCUUGACCACAUGAUAGAGAGAAAAACAGCAACGAUUUCGUGUAAUGAAGUACGCUUUUGUUUAGUAUAUUGCUUAAAUGCCAACUAAAAUGCUCCUCGCUGAGAUUUGAAACGCGACUUUCCAUUCACAAUU